AUGGCAAAAGGAGAAUACGUCGCGAGUCCGUUGCGGCGGAUAGUGCUGGCCCCCGAAGACAUUAACGAGCUUCAAGUUGUCGCGAAUGCUAUCCUCGAAGCAAACCUGGAACGGUAUCAGCAUUUCACGGAUGUUGACAACAGUAAAAUUAACUCCAACGGGUGGAAAUAUAUCAAGAGCAAAGACCAAAUCAAAGUGUACGCUGAACGUCGACAGAAGCGACGACGCUCGGCCUUCCAGUCUGCUCCGCUCAUUAACGCAGACCCAGAACUGCAGUCAAUGCUGUGCGUUGGCUCGACUCCUGGGACGCUGGACGAUGUCAUGCUCGGCAUAUUAAGCCCGACUCUCGAAUCUGCGCGUACUAAGACUUCGUUCAUUGACGACCGCAGCGGAUCUGCACUGCUCUCUGUCGCCAAAGCACCUACAACGGAGGAGCCGUUCCAGUCCGUUGUGGUAAACUGGAUGGAGCUGGAUGUCCGUCGUCGCUCCAUGGGGAUUGUCAAGAACCGCGACUACAUUUACGUUGAAGCUACGGGGAUGAAGUUGAUGCUGAAUGGUGCUCGACUAGGCUACCGCCUCAUGCACUCUGUGGAUUUCCCGCAAGCUCACCUCUUGGAAGGACGAGUCCGUGCGAAAUUAUCCGUGUGCUGCUUCUUUCGCCAAGAGACCGAGUCAUCAGUGUCCGUCUACAUGAUGGGGAUGAUGGAUCCGAUGAGCGACGGUGUUCGUCGUAUGGUAGUACCGUGUUUUGUCAAGAGAAUGCUGUCACCACUCAAGUACGCUCACUAUGGAGAAAUGAAGAAGCUGACGCAGGCUCUGGGCGAACGGUAUGCUGAGCUGAAGACGCUCAAGACUCGAGACCCUGAUCAUAACUGUGUGGCUUGUAAGAAACAUUUGGGACGUCUGGGAAAACUCGUGGGUCACCACAGCACAUGCAAACUGUGCUUCAAGUACGUCUGCAAUUCGUGUCGAGUAGAAAAAGAGAUGAGCUUCGUGACGCUUGACCUCAAGAUGACUCAGCGGAAAGUCACGUUUUGCCCCUCUUGUGUGAAUGAUGCGACAGUGGAAGCUCCGCCAGAGUUGCCCGAUGUAGAAAAUCGAAGCCAAGCUGUCAACUACCAACGCAACAACUCGGUUGGAUCUUCGGUGUCGUCAGGCUGGGGAACCCUGCUCGACAGUGAGCCCCAGCAGAUUUCUUUAUAAUGCUUCUUGUUAGAUGAUAAAUUUCAACAAAUUGAGUG